GUCUGCCUUCCGCUUCUGGGCUGGAUUGACACACAAUGAGGAGCAGAGGCUGGGGAGACGCUCCACAAACGCCGCUGUAAAUAAAUACAACAAUCACUGAGGCCAGAGAAACAUGGAGAACCAGGUACAGUGGCUUUUGUGUCUCCUUGCGGAAUGUGAACUUUUCACAGAGAAAAUGCCAGCAGGCUUAGCGCUGGCAGGGCAGGACUGAAUCCUCUGUUCUGGUCGCCAGGAGGAAAAAACGCUCCUGCUGCUGCUGCUGCUAAUGAACUCGUAGUUGUUUGGCUCUGGAGCUAUGCUAGCUGGGCACUCAUACAUCGGUAUUUACCGCUAGCUAGCUCCAGUCUACACACCAUUCACACCGCUGCAUAGCUGUAGCCACAACCGGGAACACAAAGAGAUCUACAGCUGGUGUUUCUUCUGCCCUGCCGGGUCAAAAUGCACAUGCACACUGUUUAACAACAAGAAGACCAAUUUGAAUCGAGUUUUUUUGUAGCUAAGCUAAAGCUAGUGUACCUUUGAGGAGAGUGUCGGCCGCUGGCUAAAGGCUAAGGAGCCGCUACAAGGCGCCGGGGAAAAGAUUUGUCCUCUCCAGGUUGGGCAGGAGAGGCGGGGUGGUGUCUGCACUGCCAGCGGCCUGAGAGCUCACAUGCAGGGCUAAUAAAAAACAGCAAAGACCGGACAAGUUCUCUAAUAUCUUUGCUUUAUCUGCCAGCACUCUGUCAAUAUCUAAUGCCCUGCACAUUUACGAUUAUAGAGUAAAUUUCGUGCAGCAUGGCUUGUGGCAAACGCUGAACUUGAUCCAGACAUGAUGACCACCCAUGCACUGGCUGAUCCUUAAUAACAAAUAAUCUGGAAUAUCAAACAUAGUUUUAGGACUGGUUGUAAACCCUUUGCUCUUGCAUGUCUCUAAUCAUUUAAUUGUAUUGCAUGGAUGAAUUUGUCCUGCUAAGAUUAAUGUCAUCUUUAAAAGACUACAUCUUUCAUUUAACAGAGAACAGAAAAGUGGUAAACCAAAUUACAUCUCUGCUAACUGUAAGGGGGGGAUGUAGCUUCAAAGUGGGUUACUCUUGAAAGGCCUGAGGCCAGUCAGGACUGUAUUUCAGAUGGUUAGGCCACACACACCCAUGGAAAGUGGCUCAGCCACUUUCUUGGAGCUUGUCCCCAUUCAGUGCUAACCUCUUUGAAGUUUAACUAGAUGUGUGGGUGUCCAUCCAGAGGAGGUCGACUGCCUCAACUCCAGAGUAGUGUGGUCAUACUUCUGACACGAAUGUUAACUAUGUUGCAUGCAAAAGAGUUUUGUUUGAUUUUUCAGCCUUGCAAGCUACCUUCAUGAACUUUAUCAUGCUGGUGUUGGGCUGUGGUCUGCAGUUAUUGUCGUUCUUUUUUCAUCAACAGUUGUUUGGUCUGUGAAUUGUCAGAAAAUGAUAAAAGAAAAAAGAGAAGCUGUUAUCAUUUGUGCCCUCUCAUUUUUGUCUGCUAAAACAAUUCAAAGUGUCAUAUUAAUCUGAAAAGCUGAUAAUGACUCUGAGAGUUAAAAAUGAAUCUAACAAUGCUGCAGCUCUGGUUGAGGUCUCGUUGGAAGUGUUUUUGAGUCCACUCGUAGGUGAAUCAUGGUCUUGACUCUGUGUGUACCCGAAUUUUUGCUUUGGUUUAGUCAUAAGAUCAGCAUGUACCAGUGCUGCAUUUGGGAUGCCAGGGUGAGUGGUCAUGCAGAUUUCCCCUCACACUCAUUCACACACCUUAUUUCCCAAACCCACUUGUUGUCCUCUCAGCUAUUCGCACCGCUGCUGCUGCUCUCUGUUUGUUGUGACCGUUUUCCAAUACAAGUCGCUGUUUCAUCUCGUUUCUGUGUCAUCUUCUUUAGUUGAAACCUGUAGCUCCAUCAAAACACAGCUGCUGUAACGUGUGUGUGUAUAUCCUCCCAGGCGAAGUUUCUGACUUUUCAUUAAUCGUUUAUUUGAUGAAAGCUGGUCAUGAGGGGUGUUAUUUACAUGUCAGCUGGGAGUUCAUUGUUUUCGUGUGGGAGCCGGUGUGUCUGCCAAAAUUUGUAUUUCCUUUUAGUUGGAGCUCUGGGUAUGAGAAAGAGAGGGGAAGAAAGGGAGUAAUGGUAAUGCAUGUAUCUCAAUUUGACUUACUCUGCGAACUCUGGAUUUGGAUCCAUGUGUCGUCUUCCAGUGAAGGAUUGCUUAACUGUUUUUAGUCCACCAGAUUCUUGUAAAAUUGAGAAAUAUGACUAUUGUUCUCUUUGAGAUGAGUCCCUGGUGUCUCGUAUUUUCAUGCUGUUUGACACGGUUCAAUUAGUGCCCAUUUCACUGUGGUUUCCUGUGUUUUUUUUCCCAGCCAAAUAUCGGCCCCCGGUCCCAUCAUUUUCUGAUUAUUGAUAGGGGUAGUCAAUUUUAAGUGUUCAAUUUAAUUUCUAACAAAAGCCAAUCUUGUACUUUUUAUUUGCUGUUAUAAACAAAUUUCCUCUUUGUUGUCGAGUCACAGACAAAUACAUGUUAUCAAACCCUCCAGUGGAGCCAGGGAACUAGUUCUCAUUGACGUGAUCACAGAGAGUAUUUACUUGCCACUGUUGUCAGGUCCCCCUUAUGCUGGGUUUAUUUUCUUUGAAUGACAUAACUAGGAGGAUGGUCUCAACUCUCACUCUACUUAAUUAAUGGUUCUGAGAUAGCUUUGAUACUGUUUGGUAAUAUGUAAAUAAAAUAAAUGAAUAAUUGAUUGAUUGAUUAAGGUAAUAAGUCCUUAAUUUAAUCCUCUGAGUUGUUUUGCUCGCCAAACGCGUAACAUGUGAUCUCUCCAGCUUCUCCUUUAUUAAUGUCAUAUCAAUGCAUAAUAUUCAAUGUAAUUUGAUCCAACACUGACGAUCACCUAAAGCGAAUAUUUAAAAGAUUUCUCCUCCGGCUCCUGUAAAUAUUGAUCGUCACAUCAUACAGAUAAAUCAGUUCAGAGACAGAAUAUCACAAAGUUUCACUGAGUUUAUAAUUUGCUUAAUAUUAAUAUGAUUUUUUUUAACUUGAUGUCCGAAAAAAGCAGGAUACUGAUGCUCCAUAUUGGAAUUUGCUGCUAUAAAACAUACACAACUGCACAAUUAAUUGAAAUUUUCUCAUGAUUGAGAUUUUGACCACAGAUGAUGAAGGAAUAAAGGUGAAGCAUUGGCAGCAAAUUGGAUAGAGAGCAAGAUGAUUGAGUGUCUGUGUGUGUGUUAGUAAAGCAGAGGGACAGAAUGAGCACUGAAAGCAAAGCUGCAGCAUUUACGAGGGAUGAUGAGUGAAGCAUCGUUAAAUGGUACAAAUAUCAUGAAAGAUAGUAUUGUGGUAAAAAAUUUCUUGGCCUAAUUAUUAGACAGUUUAGUAACAAGAAUUUGAAGCUUAAUUUCAUGUUCACAUUCCUGAUUCAGAGUUGUCUCUGUUGUUGUUGGCGGACUAUGUUGAUGAUUUGAGGGACCCUAAGGCUUGUUAGUGUGUGUGUGUGUGUGUGUGUAUGUAUGUGUGUGUGUGUGUGUGUGUGUGUGUAGGGGUGUGGAGUUUAAGGGCAUUACCGCCACAGAAUGACCGGGCAUAGUGCCAGGCAGGGGAGUAGUGUGUAUUUUUGUGUGUGUCUGUUUGUGAGAGGGUGCCAGACCAGCUCAUCUCAAUCCUGUCCCCUCUAAUCCCCCCACUCAGUCCCCGCUCACGGGCUGCUCUCCGGCGGGGCCAAAAUCCCCACAUUCUUCAGUCGUCCCCUGGACAUAAAGUGCCUUUCUGUCCCCCAUCUCGCCCCUCCAAAACACCCACCCCUCGCUCCCCUCUGCCCUCCCAUCUCCAUAGCCUCUUCACUCGCUUUGCCAGUCCUCACCAGCACGGUAUCAUUUGCUUGUCCCGUCGCUGUCAUUGUUCUUGGCAGGCGGAGGUGGCCCAGAACUGUGCCUGUCUCCUGGACAAACCUUUGAAAUGUGUCGCCUCGGGCAGCUAAUCAUUCCCAGCGAGAAGCGUCCCCACACUCAUCCAGCUUUGUGUUUGUCUGGGCCAAGUGUGCAUCCCCUCCUCUUCAAAAUAAACUCCGGCUUCUCCACACACAGAGGGUCAGCGGUAUUUGUUCACUGAGGAAUAAAAAACCCUGUAAAUUAAUCCCCCUGAGUUUAACUUCAUUCUCAGCUUUGAAUCCAGUUUUACGUGUUCGGCAUCUUAAGUUUGAGACGCUUUUAUUGAUGGGUUAUUUUUUGGUAUAAUUGAUGACACUGAAUUUUGAUGUCAGUGCUUGUCAUACCAUAUUAUAUAUUAACCAGGUUAUAAGUGCAUAAGAGUGGAAAUAGAAGAAAGUGGGUUAUUUACUCGAGACGGUUAUUUGUUGUUUUUCACAGCUCGUACAAAAAGUCUGAAUUUUUAAUCUGUUCCUUCUCAUUUAGGCCCUGUAGCUUUUUUCCCACUUGUGUUUAUUCUUCCACAUCCACAGAUUGCAUUUAUUACCCUGCAGUUUUUCAUUUGAUUGUUUGAGGCUUUUAUGUAAGACACGGGCCCCCGGGUUCUAAUCAAACCUAGACUGGCCACUUGUGGACUCCAUUGUACACGAGUCAGACCUGCAACCUCAGUACUCUGCUGUUUUUGACUCACUGUUUCUAUCCUCCUUCUUUUUUGCAGUGCACAGUGCAGGUGAAGCUGGAGUUGGGUCACAGAGCCCAGCUGAGGAAGAAAGUGACAUCAGAAGGCUUCACCCACGACUGGAUGGUGUUUGUCCGGGGGCCAGAGACUGGAGACAUCCAGCACUUUGUAGAGAGGGUCGUCUUCCGCCUUCAUGACAGCUUCCCUAAACCCAAAAGAGGUGAGACGAAGCGCCAACAUGUGAACACAAAUCUGUUGGUGUUAAAUGUGCAAAUCUAAAAGAAUAAAACGAUAGAGGAGUCCAGAGAGCUUAAAAAUUGGGUUCUUUUGGCUCGUGUGUCAUUGAGGUUUUUUGUAAUGAAUAAAAUGGGUUAAUUUAGCCCAUUAAUUUGAUCAUUAUUUCAGUCCGCCAUCCUGCUGAUAAGACUAAUGUAACUCUCCGUCUUUGUCCGCAGUAUGCAAGGAGCCUCCGUACAAAGUGGAAGAGUCGGGCUACGCGGGCUUCCUCAUGCCGAUCGAGGUUUACUUUAAGAACAAGGUGAGAUCUACUUCACAGAGCCGGUAAAAUCCACUUUUUACUGAUACAGCAAUAAAGCACAAAAUCCACAUUACAUGAGGCUCAAACACAGAUAAGUCUCGAACACACAGGAGGAGAACAUAAUUUAUGCUCACUGCUGACUUUGUGUUGAGUGAGAGGUCUUUCCCUGUCACAUCCAUCUGUUAGCAAAUGAUAGAAAAUGCCUAAAAGCUGCUUCGUGGAGGAUUCUUGGAAAUGGAAAAGCUCUGGGAUCCUUUAAGUCAGAAUUUUCUCCAGAAGCUAAGCUUUACACGGCCUAGUUUUGUUUCUUUCUGUGUUACAUGAAAAUCUUACCUUGUGUUUCAAUCAAAUACAAGACAAUCUAUUUGUGUUGUGUCCAGAAGGAAAGGUAAGUAGAAGGGACAGAGAGAUGAAUAAACAAUACUAACUUGUAAAUAUUCAUUUUCCUCCCUGGUGACAAAAGGCUCUAUAUAAUCUUUUGGCAUGCUGAAAUGAAAUCUAUUUUCUCUGCUAUUCUCAAACGUGGCUGAGAUGGUUUCCCCCUGCGGUGAGCGUUAUCUUCGGAGUAUGAUACCAGCACUCUCGGGAAAAUCGUAAAUUCACCACAAAUUGGUUUCUCAGUGUUGUAUUUUGGUUUGACUCGGUGGUGUCAGUGUAACAACCAUGGGUAUUUUAACAUUUGAUGGAUUUGGUAUCAAUUAGCUCUACCAAAGUGUUAGCUGACUAAAAAAGAACAAGAAAAUCUAGAUUAAUGGAAGGAGUCCAGCUUUUCCCCUGAAAUCUGCCUGUGUUAACAAGUUUAAUGUCUUAAUUUGGCAAGAGAGACCGGAUGUUUCCUUUUGAUGAGGUUUUAGAAAUCAGUCGAUGGCCUGAAGCAGAGAGUGUUUCUUUACUUAACUGCAGGAAAACUGUGAAUAUGUGACUGAAACACAAACCGUUUUUUAACUAUGGCUCACCAUGGAACUGUUUUCUCUCUUAAACUAAUAGAAAUAAAACAAGCACACUGUAUUACACUGGCACCUUCAAGUCUCCCUGAGCCAUUUAAAUGAAUGAUGAAGGAGAGAAAGGACCACUUUACUCUCAUUACAAGAUAAGGACGAUGCUGAAGAUGUACGCGCACAUUAGUGUGCCUGCAGUGCUUCAUGAAAUUAAACCUCUGGACUGCACCCAAAAAUGUUGCUUCCUCCGCUUUUGUGCAAUUAACUUCUACACAAUGGGCACAUCUGUCAGGGAGAUGAAGAAAAAACUUAAAAGGCCAGCGAGAGGAGUGUAAAUAUCUGCAGCCAUUGAUUCAUCUGCAUUUACAGGAAGACAUUUGAUUAAAGAACCUCUCAAGAGCGUCCUAAUGCCUCUCCCUCAGCUUUAAUUGUCCACAUCUCUCUGGCUUGUCUGGAAUGUUUUCUUAUCAGUGAUUCAACUCCAGCUUCGUCUGUAUGUUUUAUUGGCGUCCGGGGUGAUGGUUCAUUCAUUCAGCACUUAUCUUUUGUUAUGAAAUAUGCAGGUACGGAGAGGCAGCACUGCGCUGAUAGAAGGACAAACACUGAAGGGUUGUUUCUGCACAUGCUGUUCAUUUCAAAAGGUUCAGACUGUUUUCUUUUUUCUUCUGUCGUCUCCUUCAGGAGGAGCCAAAAAAGGUGUGUUUCAACUACGACCUGUUCCUUAACUUGGAGGGCAACCCACCUGUGAACCACCUGCGCUGUGAGAAACUCACCUUCAACAACCCCACCAAAGAAUUCAGGAGAAAGCUGAUCAAAGCUGGAGGGGUGAGGCUCCCUGACACACUGGCUGCUCUCCACACCGACAUGACUGUUGGCUAAAUGAGUGAUUACAGUCAGUAGUCUACAGUAGUACACCUGGAGGAAACAACUUCAUCAUGUUUGUUUAAGAAUUCUCUAAUAGGGACGAUCUUUGAUGGGGAUUUUUAGGUAAAUUUUUCUUAUCCGUUCUUAAUCACAGCGCAAAGUUUUGUCAGUAAGAAAGUAUUCCCAAUUUACAUUAAAAAAAAACACCCACACCUCUUCAAUUUGCGUUAAUAAACACUUUUAGUCUUACAUCCUCCUCCAUCAUACGCGAUAGUUGCAAAACAUAGCACAUCCAAUAUAAACAAAAAAUCUGUUUCUUUAGUGUUUUUGUAAUGAGAAGAAAAGUAUUACAUGCACAAAACCUACAAAAAACACAUUGAUUGCAUAAAAACAAUUGCAAAAUGGGUCAUAUGUUUUUUAUUUGAUACUAUGAACAUGGAAAAAGUGAGGGCUAAAAUGAAGGAAUACAAACGCAAGCACCUCACAUGAUGUACACACAGGCAUUUAGACUUUAAAAGGUCAUAUGAUUCGAGCAGUCCUCAUUAUUUCAUCAGUUGUCCCCCUUUCCCUCUUAAAGCUUCACUAAUAUGCAGUUUCAUCAUGUGUAAAAAUUCUGAACUGAAGGCAUUAAAUCAUAUACAUGUGCCAUGCACAGACUGACCGAUGUCAAAUGCUUAAUGAAAACCAAUUUUCAGAAAUCUACUCACCUUAGUCGUUCAGUUAUUUUUAUCUUUUAUGGAAGUGUCAGCCUUCAUUUAUUUUAUAUAUGCGUGCAGCUUUUACUGUUUUUUAAAGAAACCUGCAUCCUCUGUUGCAGUUUCUAGUUUAUUGUGCAGAUGAGUCAACCUUAAGUGUUUCACGACCAGUCAGGCUGUAGAAAUGCUUCAACUAUGAGUCACUUUGCAAUUUCUUAAGGAAAACAGCUCCAUAAAAGCCAGUUUUCAGCCAGAAUAAAUAAAUGACCUGUACUCUAUUGGAGGAUUUACAGUGUGCACACAGCGUAGUAUGGAUUUACAGAUAAAACUAUUAACUUGUGGCCAUUUUUUUGUUUCUGCAAUUUCAGGUAUUGGUGGUACCAGAGGGAGCUGAAGCCGUGUCGCGGCCCAGUCCGGACUACCCAAUGCUUCCCACCAUCCCCCUCUCCGCCUUCUCUGACCCCAAGAAAACCAAGACAUCUCAUGUGUCAAAGGUUGGUUUAAGCUCCAAUAAAAAAAAUCGUCUCGACCAUCUGACGAGAGUGAACAUUGAUUUUUUCUUUUUACUAGAAAGUGUUGAAAUUUCAUUGAUCAUUGCAGCCGACUUUUAUUGACACUCUACUAAAAAAUGCAGUGGGCAAACGUCUUAUUGCGCAGUGUAAGCCCUUGACAAAUUCAUUAAGUCAGACUCUUGUACAGGCUGACUCAGACCUCUAAUCACUGCCAGCUGUGUUUGAACAUCUGUAUGCAUGUAUGCAGAAUAACUGAGGCAGCUAUGUGCAAAACAGCAGAUCAUAUCAGAAGGAAACAGGAAACUGAUCCCCUCACUUUCACCAGUGUUGCCACAGUUUGGUAUCAACCUUUAGUAUGAACCACAACUUGUGUGGGUUUUUGCUCAACACAGUCUGAUUUUGAGUUAUGUUAAGACUUUAGACAGAAGAAUAGUUGUUAUAGAUACUUCAUACAACCUAAAAACAAUAAAAUGAAGAUACGCCGGCACAUUCACUUAAUGCCACAAAAAGUUAUAUAGUUGCAAUGAUAUAGUGUAACUAAAGAGAGAGAAAAUUGCACUGAGUUAGUGCGCUGGCUCGUAUUUGUUUUCCUUGCUAAGACUUUAAGACUCUUGUUGGCAAAAAACUUCAAGCUGUGCUGACGGCAAAUCCCUAAAUCUCCUGUAAACACCUGCGAAAAUAUUUUGAUUCUCCGCUGUACUUUGUGUUACGCAAUAUUAGCCCAUUUUAGCAUGCUAACACUGUAAUACAGUGAGCUUGACAAACGCUACAAAUGCAGAAUUUAAAGUGUUUACAUGCUGAGUGUUUAAAGAGCAGGUUGUUGGUAACGGUGCGUCUGUUUCUCUCUUUAGGAGCCCAGCAAAGAAGGAAGUGGUGGCAGCAGCAAAGGACCCAAACCGCACAAGCUGACCAAGGAGCACCGUGAGCGUCCCCGAAAAGACUCUGAGAGCAAAGCCACAUCAAAAGGAGACAACGACAGAGACGGGAGCAGCAAGAGUGGCCGCGAUCCCUCCUCAUCCUCGUCGUCAAAAAAACCGUCAGAGAUCAAAGUGAAGGAUGAGGUCAAGGUUUUACCCAAGGCUGCCUUCAAGGAGCCCAAACUCACCCUGAAGGAGUCAAAGAUGGAGGGCAUGUCCCCGAAAGGAGGGGGGGCAGGCAGCGGAGGGGGAGGUGGGGGAGGAGGUGGAGGAGGGCCCACCGAGUCUAAAGCCCCGGGGAAACGACCCUCCACUGUGGAGUCGCCCAAACCCAGCGCCAAGAAGCAGAAGAAGGGCAGCUCAGAGGGGCCGAAGGGGCCGAGCGGCGGCCCUUUCACAGGAUCUUCUCCUCGUGUCUCCUCCUCGACGUCAGCCAGCCAGCCGUACGCAGAGAAGAAACCCCCCAAGGAUAAGGGCCGCUGGGCCAAAGGAAAAAACGACACACAGGAACCGAAGGAACCCAAGAAACCUCCAGAGUCAGAAGAGUCGAAUUCAGAGGAAGAAGCGUCUUCGAAGUCAGAGGUAGAUGGACUUCUCAAAUGUUCUUGUUUGCUGUUUUUGAGCGGCUGUUUUGCAGCUCUACUGUGUCCAUCCAAGAUGCUGAAAUAAACCAGUUGUGCUUAUUAAGGACUAAAUGAGUCAUGUAGGACUGCAACUCAUUCCCAGAUAACUCUUGUAUUUUCUAAAGGAAUCAAAUUACUGUUUCAUGUCGUACAUUCUGACUCUUCAUCUCCUCCUGCAGCAGUCGGCCCCUUCCAGUCCCUCCAACUCCAGCUCCAGUUCUGACUCCAGCUCAGAUUCAGACUUUGAGCCGGGACAGAAACAAGGACAAGGUAGAGUCUGAACUUGAUUUACAUGAAGAAAUCCAAAAUCACAGGGUCGAGGUCACAGUUUGUAUGACUCAGUUCUUCUUCUUCUCAGGUCCCCUUCGCUCCAUGGUGGAGGAGAUCCAGUCUGAAGAGUCAGACGAUGACGACAGCAGCUCAGAGGAAGAGACGCCCAUCAAGACCAACCCUCCCAACCGUGACUCCCGGUCAGUUUCCAUACAGGCUCUUUGAAAUCUUUGUUGAGGUCAAAGAUCCCACUAGGAUCUCUGUAUUCUCUCUCCUUCCUUCUCCCUUGUUCUCUUUCUCUCUCCCUGCCCUCUUUCCUACUCUUCCCUCUCUCUCCCUCUCUAUCUCUCUGUAUUUCUCCCCAACUCAGCAGCGGCUUGGUCGCUGUCUAACAUGAGUCUGGUCCUGCUCAAGGUUUCUGCCUGUUAAAAGGAAGUUUUUCCUCGCCCCUGUUACUCAUGUUAGAUGAGAUGGGCCAAAUCCCAUCUUAGAUUGGGUCUUGAUAAUUCAUCAAACAGUGAGUGUGGUCUAGACCUGCUCUUUCUCUUUGAAAAGCGUCUUGGGAUGAAGACUGUUGUGAAUCGGCGCUAUAUAAAUCAAAUUUGAUUGAUUGAUUGAUUGACUAGGAGACAAGUGUUAGCAUAAUGACCAAAGCUUGUUAUUUCUCUUACGGUAGUGUGAAUGAAAUGUUCGUUUUUCAGCCAAAGAGGUUUAUUUUUUAUAUAAAUCUGCAACAGAUAAUGUAACUCAGUGUAUGUCCAUUCACAAGUUUUAUGCAACUAUCAGUACCUGCACCAGUGAGAUAGAGAGCCUGUGCAAUGACUCUUCUAUGCCCCAUUCCCAAAGAGGGAGCAGUAGUUGAACUUCCAGUGUACAUGAGCAUCGUCAAAGCGUGAUCAGUUUAUGGUCUUUGCUUGUUUCAGGUAUAAAUUAGUCACCUGUGAUUAUUUUUUUGUGUCCUGGGAAUAAAAAAAAGAUUGUCUGAAUACAAAGAGUGGAUCCAAGUACAACACUAUGUAACAUUACACCGUCUUCUAUCAGUGUGUGCAUGCGUUUGACCUCUGACCUCGCCUUGUCCCCUGUCAGACUCAGUCUGGACAGUGAGAGCGACAGCAGCGACGGCUCGCACAGCCCGAGUCGAGGCCUGGCCCCUCCCCCGCCGAAACACAACUCCUCCAACAACAAAGUGAGUCACACGGCCCCGCGUUACCGCCUGCUUUUAUCAAUGAACUGACAAGGGCAGAAACAACACAUGAAACUUUUCUCCGCUGUCGCUUUCAAUCCUCGUUAUUUCCAACAACGUUGAGUUCUUGAGUUUCUUCUGAUCUUUGUCCGGCAGGUUUCGGGCAGAAAGAGUCCUGAUUCCUCUUUCCGCUCGGAGAAGGUGUUGAAGAAGGGAUACGACAAGGUAGGAAGGGUAAAUCAAACUUUUUCUGUUUCCACUCUUUCACACACAUCCAUGCGGUGCGUUGUCAUGAUUCAACGAGUGCAUUAAUGAAUUCAAGAUGGAGCUCAGGGCAGUGAAUCGAUCCAGAUGUGCAGACAAACUCUGGCCUGUGAACCCCUAAAAGAAAAUAGUCUUCAUAUCUUUUCAUGAGGAGACAAUUUAUGUAGUGGUAGAAGUGAUCUUAUAUCCCUUAAAGGUUCGACCAUAUGCUCAGUUUGGAGGGUUUUUUUCUUGAGACAUGAAGGUGAAACACACUUUUUUAUUUAAUCCCUAGAAAUCCCACUGAGCGCAGAGAUUGAAUCAUUUGAAAAUGAAACAAAACACCAAAAAUAAUCAACAACUUUUCUUUUAUCCUCAGAUAACUGACUGAAAAUGUUCCCUCUCUUCUCUCUGCAGGCCUACACAGAAGAGUUGGUGGACCUCCAUCGCAGACUGAUGGCUUUGAGGGAGCGUAAUGUCCUGCAGCAGGUGUGUGUUCAGCCCACACAGAAAACUGAGAAAUGAGGAGCUUGACAUAAGGAUCCAGCAGAGUUAUGAAAGGGAUUACACGGAUACUUGCAGUGCACUGAUCAGUGAACGGGGUUUUAAAGUGUUUUUGCAUCUCAGUUUGACACAGUUUUAAAAUUACCCCGCAGACAGAAAUGUGCGUAGAGUUUAUUUCAGCUCCUUCAUCAGCCAACUCAGUAGUUUUUAAAAAGUGAAGCAAAUGUGCAUGGCCUGUGUCAUUUUGCAAUAAAACACAGAAUCAGAAUAACUUUAAUUUAUUCUUAUUCUUUGUUUUAUUGCAAAAUGACACAGGCAAUGCACAUUUGUCAUGAACACUUGUUUGAAAGACACACUUUGUUUUCUUAUUUAACUCCUGAAUAUUACAAUACCAUACCAUACGAUCACUACGAUAUGAUAUCAUAUGAUACAAUACGAUACGACAUGACAUGUCUCGACACAAUAUGAUACGAUACACUUCAUGGUCCCCUUAGGGAAAUUUGUCUUAGACUCCAAUAGCUGCACAGAUAGAGCUGCCAAUUAAUGAAAGUUGAAGCAGUGAUGUUCAAUCAGCAAGGAAACCGUCGCAGACUGUAGCUGUAUGUGAGUUGGUGGUUGUGAGAUACUGGACUGUUGUUUCCAAGUCCUGCUCAUGACAGCUGUUGCUCUGUGGCUUUCUGGGCAUCACCGUUCCCAUUUCCGCACCUCUAGCAUUCCAGGUAGCACAGAGGCAUAAACAGUGAAGACAUAAAAAGUGUCUUCUUGGUUUUACAGUAAACAGCGUGUCGUUUCCACGAUCAGAAUCAACAUUUUGUCCAGUUUGAUUUAAUUUUUGUCUUUCGAAGCCUGCAGACCUGAAUAGCCGAUCAGUGGGCUGCAGGCAUAGAAACAUGUAUGUGUUGCAUCCUACAGAUGGCCACUUACACCAAAAUUAGUGUUUGGUUAAUUAGGUGUUUAAUAAGGUGGUUAAUUGUCCUUCCUUAAAAUGAGCUAAUUUAUGUAGUAGCACUGACUCGAUCUGCAGAGGCUGAUAGUCCAGCUUUGAUGACACUUCUCUGGUCGGCUUUUCCGUGAAGUUUCUCCAUGAAUGUUUGAUCCUAAAGGGCGAAACCUUUUUAGUUAUAGUUGAUUUUGUUUCUUGUUUUUUCCAUGUAUAGAAUUUUAUGCAUUUCUAGAGUUAUAGCAACACGAGCAAUAGAAAUAAAAACACUACAGAGGCUGAAUUUAUCACAACAAAUACAGAUAAAAGUAUCUGUAGAACUAAUCAACACAAACAUCUCCAUUGACACAUUGAAUGGAGGUGCAAUCAGCUGUGUGUUAUCUCAAGGACUUGGUUAUGUGUAAGAAUAAUAAGUGAUCCCUUAUCUCUUGUCAGAUUGUAAACUUGAUCGAGGAGACGGGCCACUUCAACGUCACAAACACCACCUUUGACUUUGACCUUUUUUCACUGGACGAGUCCACCGUCCGCAAACUACAGAGCUACCUGGAGGCGACAGCCACGUGACAGGAAGUGGGACCUGGUGUGGGGAAGCCGGCAUGUGGAUGGCAGCAGUGGAGGUGGAUGUAGACUCACCACCACGUCUUCUCUCUCCCUCUCUUUUUUUUCUGUUUUUUUUUUUUUAACGAAGAGGAUGAGCAACCACAUCUGUCGCAGCUGUCUCCCAGGCCUGACUGAACCAUCGAACAACUACCACACAAACAGGAACACACGAACAAACACAAGCACACAUGAAGACACACCGCCUUCAGGUGGGGGGGCUGGAGGAGACCCUGAAGCAGGAGGAGGAGGAGGGGGUGUGGGAAGAAGAGGAGCAGAGGAGGAGUAGCUGAACUCCGUCUACAGUCAGGAUUUUCACUACACAUCUCUUUUUUUUUUUACGUCUGUGGAAUGCACCCCACACCCCCUCCUUCACCCUCCUGCACUCUUAUUGCUCCUGCCUUUGCAAAGCCAAUACCCCCCCACCCCCCAACUCCUCUCCCCCCUCUGCUCCUCCUUCUCUUCCUCCCCUUCACACGCACAGUCCUUACUCGGCAGAACACUCCAGCUCCCUUCCCCCUGCUGUCAGCUGGAGCUCAUUUCUCUCUGGACAUACUCUGCAGUCGUGCGUGCGUGCGUGCGUGUUGACUGUCUCUGUGUGUGUGCGUGUGAGUGGGCGCUGCUGGGGUUAAAGAGGAGGUGUUGUCUGUGCCGCUACCAACUCCUCUGAGAGAACACACACACACACACAGAAAUACAAACAGUUAAAUUCAGGUGACACUUUGCUUUAACUCUCCGUCUUUCUCGCGUUUUAAAGCAGCUGAAAACAUGAAAUAAACAGUUCCUCAGAUAAUCACACUAUAAUAUAGUUAGGAACAGAUUUAAGUGACUCUGGUGAAACAAUAACAGCUCCAACUCCUCUUUUGGGAGACUCAAAGUGAAGGCUGGUUUAUGUUCUGUUAAUGGAAGACAUCGUAGAGGAAAACAUGUUAAUUUUUAAUAAUGAUAAUAAUAAUAAACACUUGAAAUUGCUCCACAGCUGAGCACAGCUAUAAUAUAGUGUGUCGCAAACUGUUUAUUUAGUGUUGAAUUAAAGUUACUUGGCACCAAAUUCAUGCACACACACAGUUUGUUCCAGAUUAUCACACUCAACACUGUACAUGAAGACACUGAGAUGUGUGCUGCAUGAGUGUGUGCACGUGUGUUUGUGUUUGUGUAUAUGUGCGUGUGUGAGUGAGCGGCUGUGUUUUGGUUAAAGUUUCUCCGUCGUCUGAACAUUUGAAAACACAUGUUCUGUUGAGUUUCUCCUCUACUUCCUCGCACUGAAAGCUGAGCCUUGACCUCCUCCUCCGCCUCCUCCCCCCCUCCCAUUGAAGCCCCCUCACUUCAUCCUUCCUCUCCACCCCCCUCCUCCUCCUCCUCCUCCUCCUCUCUUAUUCCCAUAUUGGCGUGCAUGAAAGGGCUCGACUGCUCGCGGCCAGAGCAGUGGAGGAUCACUCCUGAAUUGCCUUCUAAGUGGUGGGCCGGGUAGGGAAGGGUGGGGGUAAAAGAAGAAGAAGAAGAAAAAAAAGCCGUGAAAAAGUAGCCAUACUUGUCUCCCAGAAUCCAAAAAUGACAAGAAAAAAAACGGGGCCACGCUUUUUAAACAUUUUAUUUUUCUACAAGUGCAUUUUGUGUAUCUACUCCCUGACUGCGGUUGAGGUAACCUGUGAGCUAUGAAUGUAUAUCGCUUUUACUUUUCUACGGCAAGCAACAGCCCCACUCUAGUGCCUUUUCCUGCGACUUGCAGCGCGUGAGGAGGGGGGGGGAGUGCGCUCUGUUAGCCAUGGUCACACAGACUUAACCCCCCCCUCUCUCCCCCAAAACAAGUGUUAAUAGGGAUGCCUGAAUAUCCAGUAUUGUCUUAAUGGCUUCCAUUCCUGCUUCUCCUUUUCCUCUGUCUUUGUAGGCUGUUGUCAGAUUAUCAGUGAUGUCGUUUCUUUCCUCUAGUUCUGACGGUGAUGGUCGUGUUUUUUCGCUCCUUGCUUUCUGAGAUUAGAUUCAGCGUUUCGAGGAGGAAGCGUCAGGUGGCUGUACUGUACGGUAGUAACUCUCUUUAAUUAGCUCUAGGAUCAGUCGCUUCAGCUGUGUUGUGUGUCUUUGUAAGACAGAGGUUAUUGAAAAUGGUUGUGGUUCCCCUCUUUGGGCAGUUUGAAGUCACGGUGGAGCGUUUCAGACCAAGUUCGCGGAAACAAACAAGCCUGAAAUAUGUCCUCUCUGGUUUCCUUCCCAGAUAUGUGAAUUUUACAGUAUGUUAGGGGGCUGCGUCAUGAAGAAACACCAAGAACUUCAUCUAAAGAGACUGGUCUCAUAAAGCAGGAUCACAGCUAUCACAGUCACAUCACUUCUAGGCCUCUGCUUCUCGGCUAACCUGCUGAGGAGAAGUUUCCGCUCUUCAUUAACAGGCUUCAUGCGAUUAGUAAGAGCGAGCAAACCUGUCUUAUUAGCUUCCUGUGUCACACAUUUGAGAAAUUGUCUUCGUACAAGUAACCGCUGCCUUUUGAUGUUUUUAUUAGAGAUGACAGCAGAGACGUGACAGGAAGUGAGGGGAGAAAAGACGUGUGGCAAAACUCAAACUUGCAACAUUGUGGUUCAGCUUGUUGCAUCUCUUAAACAAAGCUUUAAACAUGAUGAUGCACAGAGUAAAUCAGCUGCAGCAACAUUUAAUAACUAGUUUAAUUUUACCGCACUGAUAUUAUUCAACUUGGCUGAUUGUUUAAAUCUGCGAUGUCCUUUUACUUUGAUGAUCUAUUCCUGUUGCAGGGAAGAGACACCUGAACUAUAUCAUGUCUUUUUAAAUAAUGGAAAACAAGCGGCUUGCUUAUAGGGCUAGUUAGAAAUAAAUAACAUAAACUAUAACUAUUUACAAAUACAGGUAUCAUGAUAAUAAUAUAAAUGGUAAGGAAUGAUCAUCUUUGCUGCUGAUUUGUAUUUUUACUCAAAAUAAGGUAUGAAUUAUGAUUAUGUGAUAUUUGUUGGACAUGCUCUCCAUCACCUGGAGAAGCGUCACAGCAAUAUAUGACCAAUAUCAGUUUAUCAGUGUUAGAUGCUGUUACCGAUAAUGAAGAGCAGGCCGGCUCAUAGCUGAUUUAUAAUGCUGAUAUGAUAUUAUUGUUCAUUUUAAAUGAUAAUAUUUAGAAAUGAGAAACAAAACCGCUCAGCCAGUGAAUUAAAUUACAGACGGGAAGAUAUCUUGUCACAAAGGACUCCUUAGAUUUCUGCACAGCUCUCUGAAAUCAGCAAAAAGAAAAAAGUAAACACAGUCAAUAUGAACGUAUUAUAAAGCUGCAUUAUUCUUACGUCAUAACAGAAUUUGUAGAGGCUAUUUUGGAUUUGAUACGCUGUCACAAGUGUUUUUCAUUUGGAAAGAUCAUGAUAUUUAGCCACGUGAGGGCUGGAGCCAGUAUGAUGCUGGUCAUGUCAAAAUGCUGCUGACUGAUCAGCUGACGUAUUUAUCAGUCUGUCUCUAGUGUUAGUAAAUUUAAAGCUCCUGUAAGGAACUUUCUGUUUUUCAUCUCUGACACCUUCCCUUUCACAGACCUCUGUGGCAUCAAAAAUUACGAGACAGAAAUUGUCGACAGUGUUGCUGAUGGUUUUGUUUGUAUUUUUAGGUCCAAAGAGAAUAUACUCCUAACAUAUUGGUGAAAACUCCUCACUGGAGCUUUAAACUCGCAACAAGGUCAGGCAAAAUGAAAAUCCAGAGAGAUAAAGGGAGACUGUUUAUACUGCUGUUUGAUGAUGAUUAGUAAACCCCUUCUAAUUAUCUUAUUUUUACCAGGAAAGGCGAUGAAAAGCUUAAGUUACUACUUUAUCACUUACUUUAAGGACACCUGUGCACUGAUUUUUUUAAAAUAGUUUGGUCGAGAUAGAUCAUGGCAGGAUAAAAUGAGCAAUUAUAAAGAUUUACAUGAUUUGCAGCUAACAGAGUGACACCUUUUACUGUCAAGUUUUGUUUAUUUGUUUUUUCUUAAUUUCAAUGAUCAUCAAAAACUGAUCUGCAAAUAUCAAUCCAAUUUUCUUUUCUCUGUGCAUCUCAAAGAAGCCCGUAUAAAGAUAUCAUGUUUUUAGUUUUAAAGCUAUAACUUCAAAUGUACCUCUAAUUUGUAGAUAUUUUUGAAUCCUAAUCCUUUGUCUUUUUCGCUUUUUGAAAUGCACCUUUUGUUGCUGCACUGAUGACAUUUUCUCUGAUUUGUUGCAUGUGAUCGGUUGCACGUGUUCGAUUUGAACUUCUUUUGUCAGAUCACGAGUUAACAGCCAGGAUCCAGCUUUUUGAGACCAGUUUUCUAGAAGUCUUUAGUUUUUUUGUGCAAGCCAAACUGAACUCAUUUCUUGAUUCAGGCCCCUGGUGUGUUAGUUCCUGUGGCCCCUCCGCUCUCCACACACACACACUAACCCACUGUGGUACAAACUCUCAAUGAGCGAAUCCCCCCUGCUUCCUUCUCUUCCUCCUCUAUUUUUCAGUGUUUUUAUUCUGAUGCUCUGACAGCUUUAAUACUCGUCGUGUUCUGUUGCCUGCUUCACACACUCCUCCUGUCCUUACAGUAAACGCCGUCUGUGCUCGGAAAACGUGUCUCCAAAAACAAACAAACAAAAAAAAAAAAGGAUAAAAGAAAAUCCCUGCCGCCUUACGUGCCCUGCAGUAACCCCCUCUUGCCCUCACUGCUCCCCCCGCCCCGUCCCGACCCGUCCCACCCUCAUUUUCUCUCUAGGUGUGCCUCUGUCAACACAACUUCAGGCCGUUAUUACUGAGAAUGAACUUUGCAACUCUAAGUGUGUGUGUGUGUGCGCGUGUGUGUGUGACAUUUGUGCAUCUGCGAGUGUGUUUGGAGACAUUUAAAAAAAAAAAAAAGAAAAAACACCAACCCUCCUGUCCUCUGCUCUGUGCAUCGAUGUGGGAACUUUUAAGUCCUAGUUCAUGAACUCUGACCUUUGACCUGGCACUCAUUCAGUCCCUUGUUGUGGUGAGAGAGGGGAGUUUUAUGUGGAGGACUGUCUGCCCACAGUCAAUGUUUUAUUUAUGGACCUCUGCACUUUUGGCUGUGAUGACUUCAGUACUUAAGUAGUUACCUAAACUGUAUUUUUAAGGAUUUUAUACAAUAUUUACAUGCAAUACGAUAUGAAUUGAUUUUUUUUUUUCUUUGCCAACCAUUUUCGUUUGUUUGUUUCUUAUUUAAUUGUCUUUAUUUGGCAUGAUUUGUCACUAUUAUUCACAAACAAACAUGCCCCAUUGGAUCUAUUUUAGACGUCAAAUGUUAUGGGGGACGUUCCCUUUAUGUUUUCUUUGUGUGUGUGUGUGAGUGAGUGUGUGUGUGAGUGAUUGUGCGUGUGUGUGAUGUUGAUUGUGAUGACAGCUGAACACCAAGAAGCAGGUGUCGGAAAAUAUUUGCUGGAUGAGCUAAACUCUGAUAUCACCCUCUGCUUCCAGUAGGACCAGAAGGAGCUGAGCUGUUGAUUUUCUGUGUCACGUCCGGUUAUCAUUUGAGUGUUUGUUUUGUUUUUUUUUGUGCUCAUCCAGAAAUGAUUGUCCCCAAACAAAACCAUCAUCAUCAUCAUCUUUAUCACCUGAUUUUACUGUGUUAUGAGAACUUGAGCCGGAAGAAACACAUCAUAGGAAACAAUGGGGCUGUUAAGCGGAGCUGCAGCUGGUACCAGAAGUAAUAUGCCGUUCAUUUUUCCGAUACGCCGCGUGACUGAAUAGAGGACGUGGAUCUGUUUAGCUCUCUAGUGUGAGCACUCACACUCUCUUUCUUUAUGUGUGUGUCUCAUGUGGAACCAAAAGUCAACAUUACAAACUAAUAAGCCGACAAAGAUACAUGCCUGUGAGCGGGACAGCCAGUUUUUCUGGUAUAACCAUCAGUUAGCAUUAAAAGACCUCAGAUGAAGACUUUUCUGUGCGUCACCUUGGUUACGGUCCAAAUCGUAACACGAUUGGCGUUCAGACAGAAUAUCCAAGAGUGGGUUGUUUGCUGCAGUUAUGUGCAGGUGUCUAUUUCAAAGCAUUAAUCUAAGUUAAAUCAAAGUGAGACCACACUGUCUGUUUUCUUACCUUGAGUUAAAGUGCACCAAGACAAGAAGAUGGUCCUCAAAUUAAACGAGAACACUUUAGAAACCAGAAUCUGGUCCUGUACCCAUACAUGUGAUAUGUAAAUGGAACUGAACCCUGAUUUUCUCCCACACCUGGGCAGAUAUGACGGCUUAUUGGGCUAAAAUCAAAGUCAUUGUUGGCUUUUGGAUUUAAUUAGAGCUUCAUCGCUGGUCUCUGUGGAAAGUCGUCCACCCAGCCUCCUGCCUGCAAGGAUAAAGGAUGCUACCUGCCUUUAAUGUGACUCAUAGUCUGAGCACAUCCAGCAUGUAAACCAGGGUAAAACUUCAACUGGAACAAUAUGACAGAAAAAACUGCACAUUUCUCCCGAGCCUUUCCAACACGAUUUCUGUGUCUCUGGAGCAAAGCUGCAAAAUCUGCUGCUCCUCACCACUGUUUUCAUUUGACGGCCUGCAGGCGAGUUCCAGCAGACAUGACAAAAUUGAAGUCCAGAGAAUAAAACUCAAACAAAGACGUAAUUUCAUGUGUUUUGGCUAAAUCAGACUGUCUGCUGUUUUCAGUUAAGUCGAAUUGUGCAGCAGAGCAGUGACAAAACUCAAGCUGCGCAUCACGAUACAAGGAGGCUCUGUCUGCAGCUAUCAGCUACUUUAUCACUUCAAACAGAAAAAAAAUCAUGUUUCUGUGGUUGAUUGACCACUAAUGCAGAUUGGACAAACACAACUAGGUGGAGAAUUUCCCCUGAAUCACAUGCUGUAGACAGUUUUGCUCCUCUGACCUGCUUGCGGUUGAUUUCGUAUUUCAUGAUUGCCACUCUGACCUGGAUGUUGAUGAGCAGCUGUAAAGCAGACUUUGAAGUUACAAAGAGGCCUAGUUGAGUAUUUAAAGCUGUCCUCGCUGGUAUGAAGUAACAUUGAUCAUUUUAAUUGAAGUAAAUAAUCAAAGUGGAAGUACAAACUGAGCACACACACACACACGUCUUCUGGUACCAGUCGCUCCCUCUUUGCAGCUCAGCGGAGGUCUGUGGGAGUGAAGCAUUUCAGCUGGAACUAUUAUAUAUAAUAUGUGUAUAAUACAGCAAAGGUAGAAUAUCUACUGUGUGGAUCUUUAGAGGAUGAAGACAAGGAGAAAAUAGAGCAUUUGGUUCCUUGCAAAUACGUGGCGGGGGGUGGGAGGGGGCAUGUGCAGACGGGAUGUUUCCUGUGUCAGUGGUUGUCAUAAUGUGUCUGUGACAGGGGGACAGGGUUGCCUGUAUUUAUAAAGGUUUGAUUUUUUUAACUGAUGGUAAAAAGGGGAGGGGAGGGUUCAGUGUAUGUGGUCCAAACAUGGGAAGAACAAAUGAACUGGAUGGCAGAACAAUUUGGUAUUUUUGAGAAUAAAAAAACUUGGCAUUGAAAUGCCACCAUGUGGCCAUAUGAUGCAAGUUGUUAAAAAGGACAAAACAUGUUAUUUUAAUGUUAUUUUUUAUUUUGAAAUCAUAUUAUUAAUAAAGUCAUUAAGUACUGUUGUC